AUGUCUACAGUGUCAUACGAUUCAAAUACAAAAUUAAUCUCCCUACAUAAUACAACACCCUCAAAUAAUGAUGAAAAUGACGGUUCAAUGUUACAGAUUAACAUAAGUCAAAUAAAUAAAUUGACAAAAUCAUUAGUUGCAUCAUCAAAUAUACAAAAUUUAACACCACAACCAUCCCAAGAAACGGGGAAAUUGAUUAAGAAUCUUUUCGAAAGUGGAUUAAAGCUAACAAAGGAAAAGAAAUUCCAGGAUGCUCUGAAAAAUAUCUCAUUGGCGAUUGAAAUGGCCACUAGAAAUAGAGCACCUUGGGAAAUGUUCGGUAUGCAAUUACAAGAAUUACAAUUCAUGUUACGUAAUAAAAUCGAUUUGCAUCUCAUUCAAGGGCACUACGUGGACGCAUUGCAAGAUUUGGAUCUACUAAUGAAUACAAAUAUGUUGACAGUAGACGUAUUCAUUAGAAGAAUCGACUGUCUAUUAAAAUUAGGUCAAUUGGAAGAAGCAAAGGCAACUGCAGACAGGGCUUUAGCUCUACAUAACAACGAGACUAAAUUGAAGGCUCUAUUAUUACAGUGUAACAGAUCAUUAGCUGAAUAUAACGGUGAUAUCUAA